AACUCCAAUUGGGCUGGAGCCUGACUGCACCUGCUCCUUUGGUGUGCUACCGACAUCGUCCCUGGCCCUGCCUCCCCGCCGCUGCCGCCUGCCGCGAGCAUCCUUCGUCGGCGUCGUCCCCGGCUCUCCGGCCGCCCUGCUGCGAUCGGCCGCUGCGUUGUGUUUAAAAGGUGAGACGAGGCGUUCAGGGGACUACUGGAUCCACCUAGAUGCCUAGGCGAUCGAGAAGGCGCUACUGUUUUCCAUGGUAAUAAACACAAGCCGAAGAAUGCACAGUAUGCAGAAGUUUGCGGAUGUCAGGUGGCACUUUGUAAGAAACAAGAAUCCAUUAUGCAUUGCAGGGCUAUGGAAUGAGUUGAAAACAGGAACCCCACACAGCAUCAACCAGAAGAGACGCAUUUCAGGCAUUAAAAUAGCCCCAGAGAACAGGUCAUUGGAAGGUCAGAAAUGGUACCAAUCCGUUUUUUUUUGUCUGCCGAUAUUUCUGUCAGAGUCGGGCUUUGUUUGUGAUCAGUUUCAGAUCAUUGUGUCGAUCAGAACCUUAAGCAGGCAGUCCAUUUGCCGCCUAAUCACAGAUAGCACAAGAUUAACAUUGCAUAUAAAAGUUCUUGACAACAUGGUCAAUUCAUUCCUGGUGACAUGGCCAUCCAACAGAAGAAAAAAAAUUGAUAUUGCUGAUCAACGAAACAGUUCUGGACCCAGAUUGGUCAGGGAAUCAGUUGGUUUGUUUAUUCUACACCUGGAAGGGCAUCGAAGAAAAUCUCUCUUUAUUUCUCACCAGAAUCUUCAGUUGUCAGAAGGCCAGCUAAAGAAGGGCAAAGCUUCAGAUGCAUACGCGCAUAAACUAAAAGUAAAUCAUGUUCCUGUUUUUGUACAGGAGAAGGGAUCUGAUUGGGCAGUGGACCUGGCUACCUAGAUUUUCUUGAAAUUUAAGAAGCCUCAGUAUCGUGUAUUUACAUGUUCUUUUUCCAGUACGAUAGAUUUACUUUUCCGUAAAGUGGCGUAAACCGUAAGUAUUUUUUCCUCCCAACAGUCCUCUCCUAACGACUAACAAAGUUCAAUUCAUGCGAAAUUCGGAUGUUUCAUUUUAAAAAAAGGAUCUUCAGUGUGUGAACAAAUGUAUGGAUGAAUAUCACUGCCCUGAAGAGACCAGAGAAGCUGGUACCUUUCACAUUCUGUCCGUAGAAGUGAUGCAUCAUCAUUUUACUGAAACCAGGUGACGCAUCUGAUGAGAAUUUUGGCUGUGUCUGCUGCUCUGCUAAGAAGAGAGCAGACAAUUGCAUAGAACAGAAAAGAGACACCAAAAAUUGAGGAGGCAUGCAGCCAUAUAUGAAGCUUUGACCCAUAAUAGAUGCAUCUAAUCACAAGCUCCAAGACAUGGCCACAUGUGUAGGCCAUUGACACGAAUGACUUGCACACUACCCUCUGCUCUCUUCCCCAUAAAUUUGUUGCACUUGCACAACUGAGAAAGAAAGAAAAGAUAAAGAAAUCACUCACAGCUGCGUAGCUUCUUCCAAACAAACCACUCAGUCACAGCAUACUUCCACACUCACUCUCCCUCUAAAAUAUCAGACAACACCACUCUCUCUCUCUCUCUCUACACACACACACAUACCUAGACGUGAGAUGAGAGGUAUAUAUAGGAGGACAUGGAGAGCAAGAGGAUUUCACCUCUGCAACAAACAGUAGCUGCACAAGAACAAAACAGCAGCAGAAGCCUCGCUCUCCAUGCCCUGGCACAGAGAGUGUAAGCAGCAUGCAUGGAUCUAACAAUGUCAACCACGACGAUGUCCACGUCCCCAGCGCUCGACCAUGACCAUGACCAUGGUCACCACCUCCUCUCCUCAGCCUCACCCACCUCCACAGACUCGCCGGCAACGGCAAUGCGGCCGCGGCCGCCGUCUCUCCCGCCUACGAUCCCGGCCUGCGACCCGCACGACGGGCCAGCAAGCCUGCAGCUCAUCGAGGACCUGACCACCCACGCCGGCGCCAUCCAGCAGCGCGUCCUCGGCGAGAUCCUCGCCAUGAACGCCGGCACGGACUACGUCCGCGGCUUCCUUGGCGCCAACGACGACGACGACUCCGCCGAGGGACGCCACGCCGACGAGCUCGCGGCCACGUUCAAGGAGCGCGUGCCGGUCGUGGAGUACGAGGACGUGAAGCCGUACAUCGAGCGCAUCGCCAACGGUGCCCCCUCGUCGCUCAUCUCCUCCAAGACCAUCACCGAGCUCCUCACUAGCUCCGGCACAUCUGGCGGGCAACCGAAGCUGAUGCCAUCCACAGAGGAGGAGCUCGACCGCAAGACCUUCCUCUACAACCUCCUCGUCCCCGUGAUGAACAAGUACGUGGAAGGCCUGGACGAAGGGAGGUGCAUGUACCUGCUGUUCGUGAAGCCGGAGAUGAAGACGCCGUCGGGGCUUGUGGCGCGGCCGGUGCUCACGAGCUACUACAAGAGCCGGCACUUCCGGGAGCGGCCGGACAGCCCGUACACGCGGUACACGAGCCCCAACGAGGCCAUCCUGUGCGCGGACAGCGCGCAGAGCAUGUACGCGCAGCUGCUCUGCGGCCUGGCCCGCCGCGGCGAGGUGCUGCGCGUGGGCGCCGUCUUCGCCUCCGCCUUCCUGCGCGCGCUCAAGUUCCUCGAGGGCCACUGGCGCGCGCUGUGCGACGACAUCCGCGCCGGCCGCGUGGACGCGGCGCGCGUCACCGACCGCGCCUGCCGGGACGCCGUCGCCAGGGUCGUGGCGCGGCCGGACGCGGCGCUGGCCGACGCCAUCGCCGCGGAGUGCGAGGCCGGGGCCGCGUCGUGGCGGGGCAUCGUGCGGCGGCUCUGGCCGCGGACCAAGUACAUCGACGUCAUCGUCACGGGGUCCAUGGCGCAGUACGUGCCCCUGCUGGAGUUCUACGGCGGCGGCCUGCCGCUGGUGUCCACCAUGUACGCCUCCUCGGAGUGCUACUUCGGCAUCAACCUCCGCCCGCUGGACCGGCCGGAGGACGUGGCCUACACGCUGCUGCCCAACAUGUGCUACUACGAGUUCAUCAAGGUGGAGAAGGACGGCGAGGAGGUCCGGGACGGGGAGGUGGUGGACCUUGUCGACGUCGAGGUCGGAGCCUACUACGAGCUCGUGGUCACCACGUUCACAGGUCUGUACCGGUACCGCGUGGGCGACAUCCUACAGGUGUCAGGCUUCCACAACGCGGCGCCGCAGUUCCGGUUCGUGCACCGCCGCAACGUGGUGCUGAGCGUGGACACCGACAAGACCUCCGAGGACGACCUCCUCCGCGCCGUCACCGCCGCCAAGCGCCUCCUGGCGCCGCUGGGCGCCAUCCUCUCCGAGUACACCGCCUACGCCGACACGGCCUCCAUCCCGGGCCACUACGUCCUCUUCUGGGAGCUCACGCCGCCGCCAACGUUGUCGAGCGGAGCCGCGGGCGUCAUGGCGGCGUGCUGCGCCGAGGUGGAGGCCGGGCUGGACUCCGUGUACCGGCGGUGCCGGAGUCGCGACCGCUCCGUGGGGCCGCUGGAGAUCCGCGUGGUGUCCCCGGGCGCCUUCGACGAGCUCAUGGAUCUCUGCGUCUCCCACGGGUCCUCGGUCAACCAGUACAAGACGCCCCGCUGCAUCAAGCACCCCGACGCCAUCGCCGUGCUGGAGGCGCGCGUCGUCGGCAGGUUCUUCAGCGACACCGUGCCGCACUGGGAGCCGUUCAAUGUCGUCGACGCUAACGCCGCCACGGAAGCGGACGCCCACGGCGCCGCCACCGCCAGCUGAAACGAAGGCGCAAGGGUGCGCUAUGCCCAACAACGGUUUAGUUGGUUUAUAAUAUAUAUAUGAUGAUAUAAUUAAUUACGUAGAUAAUUAUUGUGCAUGUCUAGUGCGAUGUUCAGUUCACAGGAGGGUGAAUCGUGGCGCGUGCGUAUGUGUUUGUUGCUGUAGUGUGUAUGUUGUCCAAUUGCAUUCGAGAUUGAUCAUUUGCUUGUCAACUGGUCAUUCACUCGUUGUCCCUGUUAUCUAUUAUCAACAAUUCUUCAGCAUUUUUAAGAUAAUGGAAAAAGUUGACUUCAUAUA